CAAGUAAUACAUUCUAAUGCGCAUGCGCGCUUACUAAUUCCUUUCAAUAAAGAUGGUGGCUUACGUCUUAAGACACGUGUUAGGGAAGGGAAAUGUUAUCUGGAGUAAACAAAUGAUGAGAAAACCUUUCUUACCUUCAGUUCUUACAUUCCUGAAUAAAAAUAUGCGAUAUUAUAGUUCUGCAACAGAAAGAUUUGAAGAAGCAAAAUUGAAACUGAAAACUUUAAGUAAAGAACCAAGUGAUGAUAUAAAACUUAAACUGUAUGCACUUUUCAAACAGUCAACAGUUGGACCUUGUAGGACAAAUCGUCCUUCUGUAUUGGAUUUUGUGGGAAGAGCUAAGUGGGAUGCUUGGAAUUCUCUGGGUUCUAUGAAUCAGGAUGAUGCAAAACAGCAAUAUGCAGAUUUAAUAAAUGAAUUAUCGAAUACAGAACAGCCAACAAAAAUGACAGAUACAACUGCAGCAAACAACAGUGAAAUGAAUGAUAUUAAUGUUAUUAAAGAAGACAAUGUAACAAAAAUUAUAUUGAAUCGACCUAAGAAAAAAAAUGCACUUACAAUUCAGAUGUAUGAAGACUUCAUAAAUAUAUUAGAUAAUGCAGGCAAAGAUGAUAGUGUUAUUGCUGUAAUUACAGGUAAUGGUGAUUAUUAUUGUAGUGGAAAUGAUCUAAAUAACUUUACAAAGUCUUCUGAUGAUGAUGUUGUAUCGCGGGCAAACUCAGCUAAAGAACGCUUGAAGAGAUUUGUGGAUGCUUUUAUUGAUUUUCCUAAACCUUUAAUUGCUGCAGUUAAUGGACCAGCUGUUGGAAUAUCUGUAACUCUUUUGGGUUUGUGCGAUGUAGUUUAUGCUGCAGAUAAUGCUACUUUUCAUACCCCAUUCAGUCAGCUUGCACAGUCUCCAGAAGCCUGUUCCAGUGUAAUUUUCCCUAAAAUAAUGGGUUAUGCAAAAGCAAGUGAAAUGCUAUUGUUCAACAAAAAAUUAAAUGCAAAAGAAGCACUGGAUCAAGGUUUAAUUUCUGAAAUAAUUUCAAAAGAAAAUUUUAAGACAGAAAUUAAUACUCGUAUAAAGCAAAUGUCGCAAUUGCCAAAAGAUUCAUUAUUGUAUUCUAAACAUCUGAUUCGUGGCCAUGACAGAGAGAUGCUUCAUAAAGUGAAUGAAAGAGAAUGUGAAAUAUUAUGUGAACGAUGGUUAUCACCAGAUUUUCCUAAAGUAAUCAUGGCUUUUUUCCAGAGAAAGAGUGCUUUAUAACCAAAUUUAUAUUGUUACAUGACAAAAUAUAAAUUAUCCAAUUCAAAUUAUUGAUAUUUUUUAUAAUCAUUAUUUUAAAUCCAAAUUAUAUGAUAUUUUUGUUAUGUAAAUCAGCAAACUGUUUGUACAAGUUACGAUAAACUUCAAUGAUGUUUAAACAUUUAAAAUAUAUAAAAGUAUUAAAGUCGCUGAUUUAGAUAAAAUAAUUUUUGAAUUAACAGAAAAUUCAUUUCAAAAAUGUAAUUUUU